GCGACAGGAAAAUGUGUAGACAGAUAAUGUCGAAAAAUAGCCACCAUGGCGCGCAGAGAACAUUUGCACCAGUGAAAUACCACCCCCCAACAGUGGCCGAGCAGAAGGGAACACAAACAAACCAACCCAGGCAGUGGAAGUGGAUAAGCUGGACUGGCGGGGCCGGUCUUACCGUCGUGGUUUAGCCCCGUAUUCCCCUAAACCGUACUCUGUAUUCCUCCAGGCUGCCUCAGAUGAUCCCCUCCCCCCUCCACCCUCCCCCACCCUCCGUGCGACUACAUAAUAAUAACAACUAUCCUUUCCCCCUCGUGGCAGUCAGCAUUCUUCCUUAUUUCUGUCUAUUGUUACACCAUCUACCCUGCUCUCAUAUCCAGGUUCAACUGUCGUCCCCAUGUCCCAACGUGAGGAAGACCUGGCCUAUGGCCACUACUACGGCGACUCAGCGCGGGGCACAUCCGGCGAUACCGCGAGGGGAUUUGUCGGCGACACUUUUCAGAAAUUGAAGGAAACCUACAAGAGCCAUCAGCAGCAGGGCAGUACCAGCAACUCACAGCAGAGCCAGAGCCAGUACCACCAAACCCAGUCUCAGACCCAAGGUUCCGCCCAGCAAUACCCGCCGUCGUACGGAAACACCAGCCCGCAACAGUACCAGCACCAGCAGUCCACCUAUCACCAGCAAACCCAGAAACCCCAGAAGCAGGACAAGCUCUCCGGAUUGUUCGGGAAACUGGAGAACCUCGGGAAUGAGUUCGCACAGAAGAUCGGAACUGCCUUGGACCCCCAGGCUUAUGAGCAGUAUGGAUCGACCAAGCCACAGACGCAGAACCGGUUUGGGAGUUUUGCACCAGAACGUCAGGGCAAUGAGGUCAAAUGGCAUGUUGAUGGAUGUGCAUACUUCUAUGCUGUCUCCAAGGCCUUGGAGAGUGCGAAGGAGUAUAUCUGGAUUUUGGACUGGUGGCUGUCGCCAGAACUUUAUCUGAGACGUCCUCCAGCAAAGAACGAGCAGUAUCGACUGGAUCGGAUGCUGCUGGCUGCUGCGCAGCGAGGCGUUCGCGUCAACAUUAUUGUCUACAAGGAGGUGACUCAGGCAUUGACACUUUCAUCCCAUCACACAAAGCAUCAUCUGGAGGAUCUCCAUCAGAACAUCUCGGUGUUCCGUCACCCCGACCAUCUCCCCGAUCGUCAGGAGCUGGAAGCUUCUAUCGCAUCUUCCCUUCAGAACCUGUCAUUAGAUGCAGGCAAUCUGGCUAAGAUGUCCGCGGAUACCAUCAAGGGAAUUUAUGGUAUGCACGAAGAUGUCAUCCUUUACUGGGCCCACCACGAGAAGCUUUGCCUUAUUGAUGGUCGCGUGGCAUUCAUGGGUGGCUUGGAUAUGUGCUUCGGCCGUUGGGACACCAACCAGCACGCCCUCGCCGAUGUUCAUGGCCAGGACUUGAACGAAAUUGUCUUCCCUGGUCAGGAUUACAAUAACGCUAGAGUGCUUGACUUCCAGGAUGUAGCCAACUGGGAGAAGAAUCAGUUGGAUCGGAAGAAGACCUCCCGCAUGGGUUGGUCAGACAUCUCAGUCAGCUUGCAUGGACAGGUCGUCGAAGAUCUGAGACGUCACUUUGUCGAGCGCUGGAACUUCAUCUAUGACCUCAAGUACUACUCGCGCAACAACCCCAGAUACGUAAAGCUGAACUUGUACGGCCGACCUACCUCUUCUAUGGGCCCCCAACAAGGUCAGCAGCAGGGCCAACAGCAGGGCCAACAGCAGGGUCAGCAGCAGGGUCAGCAGCAGGGUCAGCAGCAGGGUCAGCAGCAGGGUCAGCAGCAGGGUCAGCAGCAGGGUCAGCAGCAGGGGCCAACUCAGCAGCCUGCAGCGCCGAACCAGGGACCUUCCACUCCUAGCUGGCAGCAGACAUUCACGGCCCAGCCCGGGGCUCUGCCGACCAGCCCAAGCCCUUCCACUCCUAGCUGGCAACAACAUGCCGCAUCUCCCCAGCCCGCUGCACAAUCCAGCAAUGUUCAGUCAUCUGGCGCCGGCAGCCAGGCAACCCCUACCUGGCAGCAACAAGCUCAUCAGCAGCAAGGCCCUCAGCAGACUGCUUCCUAUGGCGGUAGCGCUCAGCCUGCCACUCCAAGCACCCCUGGUUGGCAGCAACAGCAGCAGCAGCCCACAUCUCCUCAAGCUGGUGCUUAUUCUGGCAAUAUCCAGCAUGCUCAAAGCUGGCAGCAACAGCCCGAGUCUCAUCCAAGUGGCUACCAGGCUACCUCGCCCCACCCCAGCUCUCAGGCAGAUUCCAACUGGCAGCAACAGGCUCCGCCCGCCUACACACCGAACCAGGCGUAUACACCAAGUCACGAUGAGAAGCACCAAUAUACUUACACUGGUGAUUCGUUCCCUCCGCCCCCCCCUGGGCCUCCUUCAAGCCAGGCCGCUACAUCAGCCCAGCAGCAGAGCUAUGGCCAGCCUCAGGAUCAGACAUACUCUCACCAGCAGAACUACACACAACCUCAAGGUCAAGCAUACUCUCAACAGCAGACUUCCACCCAGCCUCAGAGUCAGCAGACCUACACACAAUCUCAAGGUCAAGCAUACCCGCAACAGCAGACUCCCAACCAGCCCCAGAGUCAAGCUUAUCCUCACCAACAGACCCAACCUCAAUCUCAAUACCAGUCAUACUCUCCAAGCCAAGGUCAAAAUCAGGCUUACCCGCCUCCCCCUACUCAAGAGGGUCAGCACUCGCAAACCCGCGGUCUCCACGACUACCACAGCGGAGGUCAUGCAUACGGCGACUCCGAGAGAGGUUUCAACUUCCGUGGUAUCAAGGAGAACCUCACAGGCUACGGCAAUGUUCUUCGUGGUGAACUGGCUGGCCAAAUUCAUCAUUACCAGGAUCGUAUAAACUAUCGUCCAGGUGCUCAGCCACGCGGGAACAUGACUUGUCAGAUCGUGCGCAGUGCUUCCAAGUGGAGCAACGGAACGCCUACUGAGCAUUCCAUCGCCGACGCGUACGCAGCUAUCAUCCGUAACAGUCAGCAUUUCGUUUACAUCGAAAACCAGUUCUUCAUUACUGCAACUGGUGAUGCUCAGAAGCCCGUUCAGAACAAGAUCGGAGCCGCGAUUGUUGAGCGUAUUCUUCGUGCUGCACGAGCGGGCGAGAAGUACAAGAUUGUUGUUGUUCUUCCAUCCGUUCCCUGCUUUGCGGGAGACCUGAGCGAUGAAUCUACUCUGGGCACUCGGGCCAUCAUGGAGUUCCAGUAUAACUGCAUCAACCGUGGAGGCAGUAGUAUCAUGGAACUGAUUGCCAAAGAAGGAUAUAACCCGAUGGAUUACAUCCGGUUCUACAACCUGCGCAACUACGACCGAAUUAAUGUCAGCGGCCCAUUGCUUGAGGCGGAGAACAGGAGUGGUGUGAACUACGAGGAAGCCCGCAAGGAGCACGACCUGACCACAGCUGGCCCGGGUGGCUAUGGACCGGGUGCUCCUCGCGCGGCCUUUGACACCACCGCCCCUUACCAACAGUACCAGCAGGCUGCUCAACAGGUCUCUAGCACCAAGUCUGCCCCUGGUCGGUGGGAUAGCGUCAGCGAAUGUUACAUGUUGAAUGGUACAGAUAUCCGCAACGUGCCGUGGGAAGGACCUGCAGAGGCUGAAAUCGACGCAUUUGUCACCGAAGAACUUUACAUCCAUUCCAAGGUUAUGAUUGCCGACGAUCGGGUUGCUAUCGUUGGAUCUGCCAACUUGAACGAUCGCUCCCAGCUGGGUGAUCACGACUCUGAGAUUGCCAUCGUGAUUGAAGACUACACCCCUAUUCAGUCCCGCAUGAACGGUCAGCCAUGGAGCGCGAGUCGAUUUGCCGCUUCUCUCCGGAGAUACCUGUUCCGUAAGCACCUUGGCCUCUUGCCACCGCAGGAUCCAGAACGUCCCGACGCCAACUUCGAGCCCGUGGGUGUACCAAACACAUUCGAUGCCGACUCUCCAGAAAGCCAGAUUGUGGCCGACCCAUUGGCGGACACAAUGCAUAGCAUGUGGAAUACUCGGGCCAGAACGAACACUGAGGUGUUCCGGAAGGUCUUUCACUCGGUUCCUGAUGACCAAGUCCGGAACUGGGCCACCUACAAGGAAUUCUAUGGAUACUACUUCCACAACGCAGACAAGCAGGCAUAUGGCAAGGACGACUCCCAGCCUGCUCGGUACGAAUACGGACAUGUGGUACGGGAUGACUUCCCUCCGGGCCCUGAGGGUGUCAAGCAGGUGAAAGAGCUGCUCAGUCAGGUCAAGGGAACGCUGGUUGAAAUGCCUUUGAUGUUCCUGAUCGAGGAGGAUGUUGCCAAGGAAGGGCUGACACUGAACGAAUUGACGGAGCCGAUUUACACCUGAAGGAGUAAUCUCGUUCAAUCUUUUGGUUAUGGCUUAGCAGCAAUGAAAUUGGAUGUUUCUUUAUUA